AUGACGCUUGUGCUCCCCUUCCUUGCCUCUCCCGCCCCAUGCUGCUGCUGCUGCAAGGCACGUGUCAAUGGCCCUCGCAAACACGUCUGCUUUGCAGUAAAUGCCUCUUGCUCAACACCUGCUCCCCUGCUGUCCACUCACACUCCUCCCACAGCCCGACCAUCCUCGUGGCCAGACCACAGCAACUCCCAAAAGCCUAACAGCCCAUCCCAGUUACACAAUUUAUCGUGGCCCGAUUCGCCCCUCGUACGUCAACCUGCAUGUUGGUUUAGCGCGUCCGGAAUCAACAUCCAUCCUAUUGGCUCCUGUCAUGUGACUACCACCGCACCACGAUGCUGCCGCCCGCCCGACGCGGAUUCACCACCUGCAGAAGAAAUACCGAGCCCCACUGUCUCUACCAUUCUUACAUCAGAAUCUCGAGAGCCUUGUAUUUCGUUUUUGCAGGUAAUGGUUACUCAUGACCACUACGCCCCAUCGCCGAUAGCAGAAAAGAAGUAUUGUUGUUGA